AUGGCGGACCCAAAUCCAUUCCUUAUGGCUGAUCAAAACCCUGAAAGAAAUGGAUCUUCCAGCCAAUCCAACCUGCAGGUUCCCGAUUUGGCCCUCCAAAAGAAGCCUAAGAGAAACAAGUUUGCUUUAGCUUGCUCUAUUUUGGCUUCGAUGACAUCAAUCUUACUCGGAUAUGAUACAGGAGUGAUGAGUGGAGCUACGAUUUACAUCAAGGAAGACCUCAAAAUCACCGAUGUACAAAUAGAGAUCCUGGUAGGGACCAUAAAUAUCUACGCCCUUGUUGGUGCCGCCGUGGCCGGACGGACCUCCGACUGGAUUGGCCGCCGUUACACCAUAAUAUUCGCGUCGGCAAUCUUCUUUGUCGGAGCUCUUUUAAUGGGCUUGGCCACCAACUAUUCAUAUCUUAUGUUCGGCCGGUUUGUGGCCGGGAUCGGAGUUGGCUAUGCUCUGAUGAUCGCUCCCGUGUACACCGCCGAGGUAUCUCCGGCGGCAUCUCGUGGAUUCCUCACUUCUUUCCCUGAAGUCUUCAUAACCCUGGGUGUAUUGCUAGGAUAUGUAUCCAAUUAUGCAUUUGCCAAACUCCCAACAAACUUGGGCUGGCGACUCAUGCUUGGUAUUGGUGCUCUUCCAUCAAUUUUCCUAGCUGUGGGUGUCCUAGCCAUGCCCGAGUCACCCCGGUGGCUAGUCAUGCAAGGUCGUUUAGGCGAUGCAAAGAGAGUCUUAGAUAAAACCUCGGACUCGUUAGAAGAGGCCCAAAUUAGAUUGGCCGAUAUUAAAGAGGCUGCUGGAUUGUCAGAAGAUUACGACGAAGACAUCAUUUCUGUUCCGAAACGAAGCCAUGGCGAGGACGUAUGGAAAGAAAUCUUCCUCCACCCUACGCCGACCGUCCAACACAUUAUGUUGGUGGGCAUUGGCGUACAUUUUUUUCAACAGGCGAGUGGCAUAGAUGCUGUUGUGUUAUACAGUCCCAGAAUUUUUGAAAAAGCUGGUUUAAAAAGUGACACAGACAAACUACUCGCUACUAUAGCUGUUGGAUGCUCCAAGACGGUCUUCACCCUAGUGUCUACAUUUUUCCUAGACAAGGUUGGACGUCGAUUUUUACUCCUCUCAAGUUGCGGUGGUAUGAUAAUCUGCCUCAUAGGUCUAGCCACUGGAUUGACCAUAAUUGAUCACUAUCCCGAUCAACAUUUAACAUGGGCCAUUGCCUUGUGCAUUCUCAUGACAUUGUUAUCCGUCGCUUUUUUCUCGACGGGGAUGGGUCCCAUUGCAUGGGUCUACAGUUCCGAGAUCUUCCCAUUGAGGCUAAGGGCCCAAGGGUGCGGUAUGGGAGUGGCAGUUAACAGAUUCGUCAGUGGGGUGAUCUUAAUGUCAUUUAUAUCUCUGUACGAGAGCAUUACAAUUGGAGGGGCAUUCUUUUUGUUCGCAGGGAUUGCAAUUAUAGCUUGGAUUUUCUUCUAUACAUUGCUACCAGAGACGCGGGGAAGAAGCCUAGAGGAUAUGGAGGUCCUGUUUGGUAGUUUCUGUAGGUGGAGAUCCACCAGUAAUAAAAUAGAGAAGGAAGAAGGGCAAUAUUAA